CUUAAGUGAAACCGAAGCCGGGAGAGUGGCAGAAAUAACGAGAGCACGUUGAUGCGCUGCGAAACACCCUGAAUACACAACUGAAGAACCACACAAAAGAAGAAACACCACAGUGGUGGUGACCAACAUCAACCUUUAUAGUCUGGUUUCCAUCCAAAACCAUGCUGUACCUCAAGAAAUACUUUACUGAGGGCCUUAUCCAGAUGGCCAUCAUGUUGAGCCUCUGUGGAGUGAUGGUGGACGUGGGACUGGAGCCCUACCUCCCUCCCUCCUUGCACGAGAUGAUCCUGGGUCCAACCUCAGCCCUGACCCAGACGCAGUUCCACAACCUGCGUAAUCAGCUGGAGGAAGGCUUGCACCCCAAGAGUGUAGACCUGGAUGGGUUCUCCAGAGCACAAAGGCUGUUGGGCUGGACCUGGUCUCUGGACAGACUACAAGUUCCACGUGCAGAACUGGAGACGUGGCUGGUCCAGCGGGAGCCUGAUCCCCUCCCCAUCAGAUGUCCAGACCAGGCCUCCCCGCUUGAGAGAGCUCCUCUUGAAGCAGAGAGAGACCUGACUGUACAGCCUUUGGAGCCACGAGCUGGACUUGAGGAUGAAGAGGAGGACGAGGAGGAUACAGAGACUUCCCUCCAGGAGUGUUUGAGGUUGUUGGAGGAAACCUUUCUCUUCACAGAGGACCAACAAUUAAGUGAUGUUAUUGGUAGAACGGAGGACCUGGAGAGUCAGCCCUCAAACAGAGAGUCCUUCCUGCCCCCCAUCAUCCCCACUGAUAACCCUUCCAUGGACCUGGAGCUCCACUGGCAGGAUCUGCUAGCUAUCAUGGAGCCUGAGAACACAGACGUGGACAUGACAUUCGACCACGAUCUAGAUUCAAGACAGUCUGGAACCUUUCGAGGUAUUGAGUCUGGAGCAGUGUCUCAGUACACCUGUGACAACGUUGUUACAGAGGCUGAUCAGGAUGCCCGUUUAAUGGACACUCGUUUGCAGCACGGUUUAUUGGAGCCUCAAAACCACUCAGAGCCAGCCCUGCUCCCAUUGACCUCUAUUGCAGAGUUGGACGAUCACGAUUCAGCACUGAACAUACAGGAGACUUUGAAUACCAUCAAUGCACAUCCCUUGAAUAGUCCUCCAGACCAAACAGAUCUGCUUGCAGAAGAUCCUUCUGAAGACUUCGGCAUGGGACUAACAGCAGAAGAAAACACGUCUCCCUUCAUUAUCGAUUUGUUAACACAAGUUGCCGUGGCUCGGAUGGAACCUGAAAAUCUUCCCGGCACUGAUGCUUACUUUCAACCUGCCGGUUUCACCCCAGCUUUGGAAGGGAAUGUUAUGACCCAAGACCUUCUGGGAUCUCCUUCCGGUCGUGUACUUGUGGACGAAGACAAUGAUGAUGAUCUUCCUAUUCCACUUAGUGAUCUCUUAGAGGACGCUGCCAUUUUGAAUGAGAUUAGAUUGUUGGACCUGGCUCUGGAGGAAGGAUUCAAUCCUGAGAUGGCAGCCAGGUUGGAAGAAAAUCUUGGCCAACCAUCAACACAUCAUCAAGGCAAUUUCACAGAUGGUGAGGAUGAGCCAGAUUCAGACUCUGGACUUUCCUUGGACUUCAGCCACAGCCCUGCUUCUCCAUGUGUUUCUGAAGCCUCUUAUUCCUCCUCCUCUUCAUCAACAUCCUCUUCAUCAGCUAUGGGAAGUCCCUUCUCCAAAGAUGAGGAUGAAGAUGCUGAGGAUGGCUUAGUUGGUUCAGAUAUGGAAGUAGAAAUGAUGAUAAAGCAGGAAGAGCUGGAAGAGGAGGAGCUGGGGGCAGUAGGAGGGGCGUAUCCUGAAAAUGAAAAUAAGCUUGUUCCUCCCAACUAUGGUGAUCACUGUCUAUUUCAUGGGUUUUCCCAGCUAGAGCAUAUCGGCCAUGACCACACAUACAACCAGCCCUGGUCCUCUGCCUGUUCUCUCCCCCUUGGCAAGAUGCCCACCAAACACACCAAAUCUGCUCCACGACACGAAAGUGCCAAACCUUACCGCUGCUCCUUUUCUAGACCCAUCUCCAAGAACAAAAUUUGGAGUCGGGAUAAGCACCAUGCACAAGCUCUGAAGAUCCCUUUCUCCAAUGAGCUAAUUGUUAAUCUGCCAGUAGAGGAGUUUAAUGACCUGCUGUCCAAUUACCAGCUCAAUGAGGAGCAGCUUACUCUCAUCAGGGACAUACGACGUCGUGGUAAGAACAAGAUAGCGGCCCAGAACUGCAGGAAAAGGAAACAAGAUGUGCUGCUGGGCCUGGAGGACGAUGUGUCCACUUUGAGGCGUCACCGUUCACGGCUACUAAGAGAAAAACAGGAAACCCUGAGGAAUCUGCAGGAAAUGAGACGCCAAUUGGAAAUGCUGUACAAAGAAGUCUUUUCCAGAUUGGUGGGCGAGGAAGGGAGUCCCCUGGAUGCUACAGAGUACAUGCUUCAUUUCAAACCCAAUGGAAGAAACCGUAAGAAACAGAACCAUAGGGACAAGAAGGAAACGUCAAGAAUGUAAAGAGGUUCCUUAAAAGGGAGUGUGAACACACCAAAGGAAGGAGGGAACGGGUUGGUGAGGAAGGACCCCGGGAGUUGUUUACCUCUUCUGAAGAAAUGUUCCUGAGUGUCCAAAACCUCAAACAAACAAGCAUGUACCCCUGGUGGCAAUGACUUUUCGGGAUGAUGGAUGGAUAGAGGAAGCUGAAAUGGAAUAGGAAAUAAAAAAAGACUUGAAUUCAGUCUCUGUUAAGCUUUGGGAUAAUUUGAGCGUCUACUUAAGUGGGUAGAGAACCUGGGACCAUCGUUCUAGAAUGCUAGUUCAGUGCCUAAGAAUUUAUUUUGGGCGAGACUCAUAAAAAUAUUGUAUUCAACAGCCAGCCAGGCUGGAUCCUUGCUGCCAGCAAAUAGGGCCCAGCAGUCGUAGACACUACGCUGACUGCAGGCCAGUGAAGACGAGUAGUUGAUGCAGGAAGUCUACAGGGUGGAGACUUGGGUUGGAGAUUGAACCUGAGUGUAGUUCCCAGACUGCUCUGUAACCGCACAGACAAAAUUAAUUAUGCCAGUCACCAAAACUCAAAGACAGGUAGAAUAUUCAGAUGUAUAUUUUAAAUUAUAGCCAUGUUGGAAGCUUUAUGGUAUUGCAUGUAAAAAAACAAAAACAAAGAAACUUCCUGAAUAUUGUCCCUACUUUAAAUCAGUGUGUUAAGAACACGUAACUGACUGAGAAGGUUACUGAGGACAUUUCACAAAAAGCUCAUUUUUGGCCAAAUAAGCUAUAUGAGAAAAUUGUAGCAUUUCAUAUAUCCAACAAAAAUAUUAAAUGUUACCAACAUCAUGCUCCAUGAUGGAUAACGUCUGACACUGGAAAUGUUGAAUGGAUGACAGACUGAGUAUGCUGCAGUCAACUGACAAAAGUGCAAUGUUGUUGUAUGCUUAGUGUUUCAGGACUGAUGUCUCAUAAUGUGUGUCAGACUCCUCAAACACAUGUAUAUUUAACUGUAGUAGUAUGUACAUUUUUACUGUAGUAGAAAUGACAGAUUUUGCCAUUAAACCAUGAGACUAGAUGAUGAGUUUUACUGAAGUCGUGCAAACUGUUAAGUAAUUGAUUUGUUAGCAAAAAAAGGAAAAUUAACAGGGAUUUUCUCAGGAAUUAACACAACCAGGUAGACUGUGAUAUACGCAUGCAGUCAAAUCUCUGGAAAACACUGGAAUGGGCUUUCAGUGCGUCACAUAGCGGAUGGAACCAAAGGACUGUGAUUGUCUGUGGUCCCUUUAAGGCAGAGAGGAGCAGGGAAAUGAGAAUCUUUGAAAGCUUGAACUUUCCCACCUGCAUGUUUUACUACCACUGAUGGCAUAAGCCUCGAUGAGUUUGUAUUUUGUUAAUGCCCAAUG